CAAAGCGCUUAAGCCAGCAGGGUUUUCCGGUCCUCCAGCCGUUACGACGGAAGGAUUUGUAGUAAUUGCCACUUGUUCGUCUCACCCAUUGCGUGGUCGUGUGCACUUUCCUCUUAUCAUCUCACUUUACUUCCGCGAUGCCCAUGUACCAGGAAGAGGCUGACCCAUCUCUUCAGGCUCUUGAGUCCCGACAGGAAGAGAUCUUAAAACGCUUAUAUGAAUUGAAAGCUGCUGUUGAUGGGCUCUCCAAGAUGAUACAAACACCAGAUGCAGACUUUGAUGUGACAAACAUGAUCCAAACUAAUGAAUACACUACUUUAACUACAAGUGCAGUAGACUUAGAUUCAAUGCUUGGGAAGGAUUAUGGUGCAUUGAAAGAUAUUGUGAUCAAUGCAAACCCAACUCUGCCUCCACUCUCUUUGUUGGUGCUACACAGCUUCCUUUGUGAACACUACAAGAUAUUGUCAACUGUUCAUGUGCAUUCAUCUGUAAAGAAUGUUCCUGAAAAUCUUUUGAAGUGUUUUGGAGAACGGUCUAAGAAACAGUCACGUCAUGAAUAUCAGUUGGGCUUUACUUUAAUUUGGAAAGAUGUGCCAAAGCCCCAGAUGAAGUUCAGUAUUCAAACAAUGUGUCCUAUCGAAGGUGAAGGGAACAUUGCUCGGUUUUUGUUCUCUCUGUUUGGCCAGUCACAUAAUGCUGUUAGUCUAACACUCAUAGAUAGCUGGAUAGAUAUGGCUCUUUUUCAGUUGAAAGAAGGAAGCAGUAAAGAAAAAGCGGCUGUCUUGCGCUCUAUGAACUCUGCUCUUGGCAGAAGUCCUUGGCUGGUGGGAAAUGAACUCACUGCAGCAGACAUUGUAGCCUGGUGUGCACUUCAGCAAUCUGGUAGCGCUAAUUCUGUUCCAGCCAAUGUUCAAAAAUGGAUGAAAUCAUGUGAAAACUUGACCUCUUUUAACACUGUGCUGAAACUCCUGAAGUAAAUUCAUAGAAUACAUUUUAAAAGUGACAUAACUAAAAACUGGUUUCAUGCCUGCUGGUAAAUUGCAUUUUUACUAAAAUUAAUUAUGGCCAGAUGUCAAACACCAAUAAAUAAAUAAAAUUAUUGUAGCA